AGAAAGAGGCAGGCGCUGUAGCAGACUUCUAUAUCCGCCAGACGGAGAAGCACGGUGUCAGCUGCUAGCUAAGUUAGCUAUAGUAGACAGUUAGCAACUAGCUCCAGAGUCCUAGCACCUUCACUACAUAGGAGGGACUGAGCAGGAGUGUGUGUGUGUGUGUAUGCAUGCAUGCAUAAUAUAAACGCCCCCUUUUCCUUCUUCCUCCUCUCCCGAGCAGCAGCAGUGUGCCUGUGAUUGUGUGUGUGAGAGGUUAGCAAGCAGAGAAGCGAACGCACACACACAAACGCACUCUUGACAGUCGGUGUCCGGUUACUUGACAGCGGAUUGGCAUCAUUUAUUGACACCGACACAGCACCAGCAUGUGAGUACUGAUGGAAAUGUUUAAGUACGCUGUAGUCCGAGGCGGCCUCGGCCUGUUGGCUGUGAGGAGGUCGAGCGUUCUCUCCCGCUUCACCCACUCUUCCCCGCAGAGCGAGUAUCGUCCAAUCAAGAAAGUCAUGGUGGCCAAUAGAGGCGAGAUCGCUAUCCGUGUGUUCAGAGCCUGCACUGAACUGGGGAUUCGAACCGUGGCCGUCUACUCUGAGCAAGACACUGGACAAAUGCACAGGCAGAAGGCUGAUGAGGCGUACCUGAUUGGAAAAGGCCUGCCACCUGUUGCGGCAUACCUGCACAUUCCUGACAUCAUCAAAGUAGCCAAGGAAAACCAUGUGGAUGCUAUCCACCCAGGCUACGGUUUCCUCUCUGAGCGGUCAGACUUCGCCCAGGCCUGUGCAGAUGCAGGGGUGAUGUUCAUAGGACCAUCCCCAGAAACUGUCCGCAAGAUGGGAGACAAGGUGGAGGCUCGUUCCCUGGCCAUCUCUGCAGGUGUACCUGUGGUCCCAGGAACAGAUUCCCCCAUCACCUGCAUGCAGGAGGCGCAGGUGUUCGCCCAAACAUAUGGCUUCCCCAUCAUCUUCAAAGCAGCCUAUGGAGGAGGUGGUCGCGGCAUGAGGGUAGUCAGAGAGUACGAGGAACUUGAGGAGAAUUACCAGCGGGCCUACUCUGAAGCCUUGACGGCUUUUGGGAACGGAGCCCUGUUUGUUGAGAAGUUUAUUGAAAAGCCAAGACACAUUGAAGUACAGAUCCUUGGCGAUAAAUAUGGUAACGUCAUCCACCUCUAUGAGAGAGACUGCUCCAUUCAGCGGAGACACCAAAAGGUUGUGGAGAUUGCACCGGCUUUCCAACUGGACCCUCAUCUGAGAGACCGACUUCACGCUGAUGCUGUUAACCUCGCCAGACAGGUGGGCUACGAGAAUGCAGGGACAGUGGAGUUCCUGGUGGACAAACAUGGAAAACACUACUUCAUUGAGGUCAACUCUCGACUCCAGGUUGAACACACGGUCACUGAAGAAAUUACUGAUGUGGACCUGGUGCAUGCCCAGCUCCAUGUGUGUGAGGGCCGCAGCCUGCCAGAACUGAACCUCAGACAAGACAAGAUCCGGGUGAAUGGCUGCGCCAUCCAGUGCAGAGUGACGACUGAAGACCCAGCCAGAGGCUUCCAACCAGACACCGGAAGGAUUGAGGUCUUCCGAAGCGGUGAAGGCAUGGGCAUCCGCCUGGACAGUGCCUCUGCCUUCCAGGGUGCUGUCAUUUCCCCCCACUAUGACUCCCUGCUGGUAAAAGUCAUCGCCAGCGGGAAGGACCUGCAGACAGCCGCUUCCAAGAUGAGCCGAGCCCUGGCCGAGUUCAGAGUGCGAGGGGUCAAGACCAACAUCCCGUUCCUUCAGAAUGUUUUUUCCAACCACCAGUUCCUCCACUCCACCGUGGAUACGCAGUUCAUCGACGAGAACCAGGAACUCUUCAACCUCAAACCCACUCAGAACCGUGCCCAGAAGCUGCUGCACUACCUGGGUCAUGUGAUGGUAAAUGGACCAACCACACCGAUCCCAGUCAAGGCUAAGCCUUCCUCCACAGACCCUGUCAUCCCCCCUGUCACCAUGGGCGAACCUCCGAUAGGUUUCCGUGACGUGUUGCUGCGUGACGGCCCUGAGGGAUUUGCUAGGGCUGUCCGUGCCCACCAAGGUCUGUUGCUUAUGGACACCACCUUCAGAGAUGCCCACCAGUCACUCCUGGCGACCAGGGUUCGGACCCACGACCUGAAGAAGAUCUCACCGUUCGUCAGCCACAACUUCAGCAACCUUUUCAGCCUGGAGAACUGGGGAGGUGCUACCUUUGAUGUGGCCAUGCGCUUCCUGUCAGAGUGUCCAUGGAAGAGACUCCAGGAGCUGAGAGCUUUGAUCCCAAACGUCCCGUUCCAGAUGCUGCUGAGAGGGGCCAACGCUGUGGGCUACACAAACUACCCUGACAAUGCUGUUUUUAAGUUCUGCGAGGUGGCCAAGGAGAAUGGCAUGGACAUCUUCCGGGUGUUCGAUUCCCUGAACUACCUGCCAAACAUGCUGCUGGGCAUGGAGGCUGCAGGGGCAGCAGGUGGCGUAGUGGAAGCUGCCAUCUCGUACACAGGGGACGUCUCUGACCCAAUGAGGCAGAAGUAUUCCCUGGACUACUAUGUGAAACUUGCUGACGAGCUUGUCAAAGCCGGAACCCACAUCCUAUGUAUCAAGGAUAUGGCCGGCCUGCUGAAGCCAGAGGCCAGCAAACUUCUGAUCAGCGCUUUGAGGGACCGUUUCCCAGAUGUACCCAUCCAUGUGCACACACACGACACAGCUGGAGCCGGUGUAGCGGCCAUGUUGGCCUGCGCUGAGGCUGGAGCUGACGUGGUGGAUGUUGCUGUCGACUCAAUGGCCGGGAUGACGUCUCAGCCCAGCAUGGGAGCCAUGGUGGCCUGCGCCAAGGGCACCAAGCUUGACACCGGCAUUGCUCUGGAGAAGGUGUUUGACUACAGUGAAUAUUGGGAAGUAGCCAGAGGCCUGUAUGCUCCAUUCGACUGCACUGCCACCAUGAAAUCUGGCAACGCUGAUGUCUAUGAGAACGAGAUACCCGGAGGACAGUACACCAACCUUCACUUCCAGGCUCACAGUAUGGGGCUGGGAAAUAAGUUCAAGGAGGUGAAGAAAGCCUAUGCUGAAGCCAACAAAAUACUAGGAGACCUCAUUAAGGUGACUCCCUCCUCUAAGAUCGUGGGUGACUUGGCCCAGUUCAUGGUGCAGAACAACCUGACCAGGGCAGAGGUGGAGGAAAGGGCCGAUGAGUUGUCCUUCCCCCUGUCUGUGGUAGAGUUCUUGCAGGGAUACAUUGGGAUACCACAUGGAGGAUUCCCAGAGCCGUUCAGAUCUAAGGUGCUUAAGUCCCUUGUCCGUAUUGAGGGUCGUCCUGGCGCCUCUUUACCAGCUUUGGACUUCAAGGCCCUGGAGGAGGGGCUCCGAGCUGCUCACAGUGAUGAAAUCACCCCUGAAGAUGUGAUGUCAGCAGCCAUGUACCCCAAGGUGUUCCAGGAGUUCAAGGAAUUUACUGCUAACUUCGGUCCGGUGGACUGUCUCAGCACCAGGUUGUUCCUGGAUGGACCCAAAAUCGCAGAGGAGUUUGAGGUGGAGCUGGAAAGAGGAAAGACCCUCCACAUCAAGGCUCUUGCACUGGGUGACCUGAACAAGGCCGGCCAGAGAGAGGUCUUCUUUGAGCUGAACGGACAGCUAAGAUCUGUGCUGGUUAAAGACACUGUCGCCAUGAAGGAAAUGAAGUUCCAUCCCAAAGCUCAGAAGUCUAUCAAGGGUCAAGUGGGAGCACCCAUGCCUGGAAAAGUCCUGGAGGUCAAAGUGGAAGUUGGAUCCAAGGUGGAGAAGGGUCAGCCGCUGUGUGUCCUUUCAGCCAUGAAGAUGGAGACCGUGGUCAACUCCCCAGUGGCCGGGACUGUUAAGGCAGUCCACGUCACGGCCGACUCCUCCCUGGAGGGAGAUGACCUUAUAUUGGAAAUCGAGGAGUAGAGUGGGGCGGGGGAGUGGUGGGGGAGUAGUGAGGAGUAGCAGUAGUAGGUGGAAGUUAGAUAAUCUGAUUCUGGAAAUGAAAUAGUGAGGGGGAGGAACAGAGGGACAAUAAGACAACUGUCAAGAGUGGGAAAUUUUGGUCCCCAAAUUGUACAUAUUCAUUUUGGUUACAGUGGGGACACAGGAUGAAGCACAGCUCUACACAUAUCCAGAUACCUGAUGGGUGAUAUGACGAUCCUCAAUAAUAUAUUAAUUUGAUUAAUUCCUUAUUAAAUUGUACUAAUCAAACUCAAUUUAGUUCCCUAGGUGUGGUGAUAAGGUCAGAAAACAGUAUAUCUCAGUACAUUCAUUAAUGUCCUGUCAACUUGUGAUAACUAACAUUUUAGAGGUACAUGAUACAUUUGACUAGUGAUACAUUCCAUUACUUAAUGCUAGUCUUAAAUGUGAUACAACCAAAUGAGCUAACCAUGUGAAAUACCAACAGGGUCGUGACCGCAACCAUUUCUAACGCUGUUGAUGUUGCCUAAUAUAUUCAAUGUGAGUAGGUGAAACUCAAUAUUGAUGACUACUUAAUGUUUUUCUUUGUAAGGAAAAGGAUAGACUUGAAGAUGUAUUACCAAAUCUUUUUUUUUUUCACAUGGGAACAAUAUUUUCCUUUUUUAGCAGGCUCACAUUUGCGAUCACUGACAUUAGUCACAGUGCACUCAGAAUGUAUAUCAUGUAUAUCAAUGGUUGCAUUUAGAAAAUUAAAAAUUAAUUGGUACAGUAAAGUGUGAAGGAAAGAAAUCACAAUUAUAUCCAAUCUGUUUUAGAUAUGUAUUUGAUUUAAAAAUAAUAAUAAUUCACAAGAGAAGCACAAAAAAGCAAGCAGCACAAUUUUAUGUUGAAGGGGACACAGAGGUAUGCCAGACACGACCAAUCUUGCACCAAAGUAAAGAAGCGUGAAAAAUGUAUCGUUACUGUAUCAGUAAUAGCAGGAGGUUUAUGUUUUGAAGGAUCUGUACUGGUGUUAAAAACGUAUCCCCAUUCACACCUAUCUUUAAAAUCCCAAAGAAGAAGCUCAGUGUAGCCACAUUGUUGAAAUGAAGCUUGUUGGAAACACCCAAACAGGAUUACAGUUGUGAUUUUUACUAAGUACCUCUCUGUUAUAGUUAGUUUAAAUGCAGCUUUCUUAAUCCAAAGCCAGCUCUAGGGUGGCCCACUAAAACCAAUUCAGCUGUAUCAUUUUAGAGGUGUAAAGUCAGAGUCUUAAGGUGGCUUUUAGGCCUCUGACUAAGGUGUUUGGUCUGAACAGUGUGACAUUGGAAAAGUUGUCAGAAGAGCGGUUCCACCCUGUCUUUUCACAUCCACGCAGAGAUUACGAUGAAUGCUGUUCUGUCUGCAUGGGGAUUUUAAUGCUAGGUGUAAAUGGGAUUACAUGGUGGUGGUAUUUUGAGGCUCUGCUGAUUAAUUUAUGAAUUAAUUCUCUGUCAAAUGAUGUGAAAUUAGCUGGACUAAUAAGAGACUCUGGAGACUCCCAGUAGCAGCACUCGGCUUUAUAUUUCUAAUGCGUGUGUGUGUGUGUGUGCGUGCAUAAAUGAGUCUAACUGUAUGUGUGUGUGUGCAAGCACAUUUUAAGGCAAAGUCAACCAGUUCCAAUAAUGUUGCACCUCCAGAGCUGAAAACACCUUCCAAAAAAAUGAAAUAUUUAUACACACGCACCAAUCCUAAAUAUUCAUGCUAACACUCCCAGCCCUUGAGUGCUGCCCAGAUCAGAAGAAAACAAAACCAGAUACACUGCACAGGGGUUUUUCACUAUCUCCAUAGUAACACUGUAUCCGAAACAUUUAUCAGCAAUGCAGCCAUGACUCAGAUGAUGUAGUUCAAUGCUGAAUUAAACUCACUUUUCCACUUCUGUCAGCUGCAGGCCUGUCAACUAUUUGAAGGUCUUGAACCUGAAAGUGAUUUAUGCCGAAUUGAAUGUUUAGCUAACCUGACCGAUGGAAGUAGACAAAUGAACAAGCAGGAGCAUGCAGUGUUUGGCAACAGCGUACUCUCCCAAAACAUCUGUGCUCCUUCAACAGAAUACAUCGAUCGAAGGACAAAAUUGGAGUACCAGUUUGUAAUUGACUGGAUUGUUUCCAGCAUUUGUGCUCCAUUACCUCUGAGAAUGAGUCCCCUUUUGAACUAUGCAUCAAUACUGAGCAGCAAUGCCGUGGUUAAUUAGAACACUGAUAUGUCUCCUCACUGUACUACUUUGGCUUUAUCAAUCCAUAUUAGAAAUCUUUUAAAAAAAGAUGGAGAUGAAGUGGUGGGAUUGUAUGUAUGUGGUUUUGACAAGCUGCUGCACAAUAAUGUAAAGUUCCUUCCUCUCCUUAUUAGUUAUCCUCGUUUAUCUGUUUUUCCUGCCUAUCCAUCCAACCGCAUUUUGUUGUUUACCUCUCCAUCCCCACUCUCCCUUCUCUCAAAAGUGUAAAUUUGCACACGUAGGAUGAUGGCAUUGCCUCAUGCAAUAAUGUAAACUGUAUCACAGAGUUUCUCAAUGUCUUAGCCAGCAGUCAUUCUAACAACCAUGCUUAUGACAAUGUAGUACUGUUCAGUGUCUAAUAAAUUUAAGAAAAAGUACACCGCUGAAAAACAUUGUUUCGGAAAAGGGGAUAUAACAAUAACCUAUUCUUGAGCUUGUGUUAUCUAGAGGUGAACUGACGCCAAGAGUAUGAAAACAGGGUCUGUGACAUUAUUUUUCCUUUCUAUUGCUUUCUUCUGUGUGUUUUUAUGAAACCAACCGAACUGUUUAUUUACUCAGUUUGAAUCUGCAGGCAGUCUUGCCUGUUAAACUGUCUCCAUGGAAUUUAUAUCAAACACUAGUUGUCAAGUCUUCUUUCAUUUUCUUAUUUCUAAAUAACCCUUUACAUUCAGUUUAAUCAUUUUAAUUUACUGAUAUAGUUUACAUUUACCUGAUAAAGAUCCGUAUGUUUGUCUUUGAAAAGACUAAGCUGGAGCGCACAAAAAGGGAAACAAAUGGUAUCAAAAGCGAUAAUAGAUCUUGUUCUAUGUGUACUUAUAAAUAAAGUUAAUUAUAACUGAA